ACCCCGGCACGUGAUUUUCGUCAUGUGAUUCUUUUAUGGGCACGUGAUUGGUUUGAUAGACUAGUUACUUAAAGUGAGAUUGUGCGAACACACAACCAGGAUCUGGACAAUUGAGGUCGCACAGAAGGAAUUCUCACGCCUAUCUGCUCACAAGAGACUUCCUAAGAUGGCUCUUAGCUUACUAGCACUGGUUGCCAUGGCAACAUUGUGCUGCGCUAUGGUUCCGGAAGAUGAAAUAAAAAUGAUGCCUGGUUUGAGAAAGCAGCCAUCGUUCCAACAGUUCUCAGGAUACCUUAAAGCAUCCGGCACAAAGAAACUUCACUACUGGUUUGUGGAGUCCAUGAACAACCCUGCUACUGAUCCAGUUGUGCUGUGGCUCAAUGGCGGGCCGGGCUGCAGUUCAGACCUGGGUCUUCUCACAGAAAAUGGGCCUUUCAGGGUGAUGCCUGAUGGGAAGACGGUGACCUACAGCAACACCAGCUGGUCCUUGGCGGCCAACAUGUUGUACCUUGAGGCACCUGCAGGUGUGGGGUUCUCCUACUCAGAUGACAAGAAUUACACUACAGAUGAUAACGAGGUUGCCCAGGACAACUACCUGGCCCUCAAGGACUUCUUCUCCAAGUACCAGAACUACUCCAAGCAUGACUUCUUCAUCACGGGAGAGAGCUAUGGGGGGGUCUACGUGCCAACCCUCAGCUCGCUUGUUGUAGAAGACAAGGACAUCAAUUUCAAGGGCAUGGGCAUUGGUAACGGACUCUCCAAUGACAAAUUUAAUGACAACUCCCUCCUGUACUUUGCAUACUACCACGGACUGAUUGGAGACAGUAUGUUCAAGGACCUUCAGAAGUUUUGUUGCCAGACCAAUAGUACUGAGAGGUGUUUCUUCACGGACAGGAUGCAAGACCCUCAGUGUCAGAAAGUGGUGACUGCAGCGUCCAGUGUGGUGUAUGCCGGGGGCCUCAACAUCUACAACCUCUACGGGGAAUGUGCCGGAGGCGUCAUGUCAAGGGAGAGACCCAACUCAAACAUCACAGAGUCAUCUAACUUUGGUUAUCCGUUUGGAUUUUUGGACAUCGUCAGGAAAGAUAGAAAGGUGAUGAAGGAUGCCACUAAUCUGAAAUUGGACCCACCAUGCAUCGAUGCCAGGAACGUGGCCAUGUAUCUCAACUCGGAGGAGGUGAGGACAGCCCUCCAUAUCCCCAGCGUGGUGCAGAAGUGGGAGACAUGUAGCGGUGACGUCGGCAGCAAAUACGUCAGAAUCUACAGCGACGUUUCUGCUCAGUACAAGAAAGUUCUUGCUGCAGGGAAGCGAGUGCUGGUGUACAAUGGCGAUAUCGACAUGGCUUGCAAUUUCCUCGGUGACGAAUGGUUCGUGGACGCUCUUGGCAUUCCGGCCACGUCCCCCAGGAAGGAGUGGUUCUACAAGGCGGAGGACGGCACGAAGCAGGUGGCAGGAUUUGUGAAGGAGUACAGCAAUCUCUCCCUGGUCACUGUCAGGGGAGCUGGCCACAUGGUGCCCACAGACAGACCAGUCCCCGGUCUGGAGAUGUUCAAGAGCUUCAUCAUGGGGCAGCCUCUAGCAUAACACUCUCAACCUUCACCUUCACUAAAUCGCUGCACCUCACGUACAGACAAUUCUCCGAUUAUCCAGGGUAUCUCCAUUUAAUAUCAGAUCUUUGAUUCAAAUUACCUCUCACUUCAGAAAAACUCAGAUCAAAACAAACUUAUGGGAGAAUUUCUAUGUCUGAAAUGAGACAUGACUGUUUGAUUUCAUAUCCGUAAUCAUAUAAUGUCUUCAGUAUUGAUAAUAGAAUGGAAAUAUAAUACACUGGAUAAUCGAGGAUGAUAACUGGAGGCUUAUGGUUCCUGGUUAAACUUUUAUUCUGCAAUGUAACAUCGUCAACUUUGGUCAUGCCAUAGUAUGUGAUGAAGACUUCACACAUGAUUUACAGAAACAUUUUAACAGGAAUGUCUCAAUUAUUUUAGAGUGAGAAUUUGUACUUUUAGGAUCCCUGUAGCAGGCAAUAGCCUGUUAAUCCAGUGUGUCAGUUUUAGCCAGCGGAAUGUGAUAAUGUACAUGUGUGCACAGUGUGAUGGAUGAAUGUCUGGUCGUGUGCUGAAGAUGAAUUGUAUAAUGUUAAUUCAUUCCGUCAGACUGUUUUGAUAACUAUUUCAUUCCAAGAUGUAGAAAUUUCAUGCUGUAGAUUCAAGGAAACGAAUCAUGUACUUGUUAUCUCCACAGUUUUAAGGGUGUUAGAGGAUAUGUUUCUCUUACUGUAUGGUUUAAUUCGCAGUGCAGAAGUUCUCAUGGUGCAAUAUGUACACUGAUACAACUUAGUUUUCAUGCCCAUGUUCUCACAUAUACUUGUACAGUGUAUGCAUUUACACAAGAUCAGCAUACGAUAUUUGGAUAGCAGUUUUCUUAAAAGGUGUCUGCUUUUGACAUUCAAAGGUGUUUGGAGGGGAGAUUUUACAAAAUAUUUCUUAACUUCAUAUAUUAUUAACUGUCUUGAAUUUAUGAUGGUGAUACUUUACAAUUGCUUUUAGUGUUAAGGCUGAUGAUAAGGUUUUAAUAGUUCCACACUGCUGAACAGUACAGUGUUUUUACUUCCUCAGAGGCAGUGGUGACUUACCUCGGAAACUAGGUCGCACCCUCACAUCAAACUUGACGUAGCCUCACGUUCCCGAACAUAUCGAUCUUGAUAUUGUCUCAGGUGGCAGGAAUAAAUAGCUGAAAUGUUUUAAACCUGAUAAGUUUGUAGCUAAAUAUUCUAUUUUGUAUACAUUUCAUGUUUGUAUAUUUUAAGUUAAGAUUAUUUUAUGAAUAAACUUUUACUUCACAA